AUGCUGCUGUUGAUGAGUAGUAAUUCUAAUUUUUCUGUAUAUUCUGACGUAGCCAGUACUAGUAAUAGUAAUAAUAAUGAUAAUAGUAAUUUACCUCAUAAGGAUAAAGUUAAACGUGCCGAAAUUAAAUUAUCAGCUUUUUUUGCAGAGCAUAACGUAGCUUUUUGUGCGGUAGAGCAUUUAGUUCCAUUAUUAAAAAACGUUUGCACUGAACCCGAAGUUGUACAGGAUCUUUCACUUGCCCGGCAUAAGUGCACUAAAAUAGUAAAAAAUGUUAUUGCUAAACGCGAAGUUGAGAAAAUUGUAGAAUGUUUAAGAACAUGUAAAUUCUCCGUUUUAAUUGAUGAAAGCACAGAUAUUUCCGAUAGGAAAUUAAUGUGCAUAGUUGUCAAAUACGUAUCGCCAAUAUCUCGUAACGUCAACACACAACUACUAGAAUUAUUGUCUCUUGACAGUACAGAUUGUUCCGCGAGUAAAAUUUUUGAAACUUUUAAACAAUUUUUCACGAAUAAAGCAAUACCUUUAAAAAAUAUUGUUGGAUUAGCAUGCGAUAAUGCAUCCGUUAUGGUCGGAUGCAAUAACUCUUUUAUGACCUUUCUUAAAAUUGAAGUACCGGAAUUAAUAACUUUAAAAUGUAUAUGCCAUUCUUCCGCGCUUAUAGCCAGUCACGCUUGUGAUCAAUUGCCUUCUGCUUGCGAAAAAUUAGUUCGCGGUGUUGCCAUUUUAUUCUCAGCAUGGCUAUGUAUUAAAGUAGGCUGUAAUAGUAGCAAUGCCGUUCAUAUUAUUUAUAAAUUGGAGAAUGUCACAUACGAG